GGAUGCCGUUGGGCGCAGCCGGGGCCCCGCCCCGCCCGGCGGCCCCAGCGCCCCGCACUGAGCCCGGAAGCGUUUCCCGGCCGCGCUCCCCGGGACCCCGCUCCUCGCUCCAGCCUCGGCUCCCCGCGCCCGCUCCCGGCGGGGCAAGCGCCUCUCCCUCCCCCCUUCCUCAGCAGGAGCGGGGGGCCCCCCGCGGCGGGGCCCGGGGCACAGCCGGGGGGCGGGAAUGCAGCCGCCGGAACCGCAGCCGCAGCCGGAGCCGAGCCCCCAGCGCAGCACGAAAAUGCCAGAAGCCUCAGAAGACCACAAUCAUUGGAAGGCCUGUUGACUUCCGUUUUCUGGUAAUCUGGAACAUCAUCCAUCUGGCAUGGCGCAGGGCAGCCAACAGCUUGACGUGCAGGUACUCCAUGAUCUCCGGCAGCGUUUCCCUGAGAUACCUGAAGGGGUGGUAUCUCAGUGCAUGCUUCAGAACAACAACAACCUCGAUGCCUGUUGUCGAGCCCUUGCACAGGAGAGCAACAAGUAUUUGUAUAUGGAGUACCACAGCCCCGAUGACACCAGAAUGAAUAGAAAUAGCCUUUUGCACAUUAAUCUGGGUAUUCAUCCUCAUACCAGCUAUCAUGCAGGGGAUGGAGCUCAACUUAAUGGUGGUCGUACACUGGUACACAGCUCAAGCGAUGGACACAUUGACCCGCAGCGCACGGCAGGUAAACAGCUGAUUUGCUUAGUUCAAGAACCACAUUCUGCUCCYGCUGUUGUGGCAGCUUCUCCUAGUUACAAUCCAUUUUUCAUGAAUGACCAGAAUAGAAAUGCAGCUACUCCUCCUCCACAGCCACCUCCACAGCCAUCUUCCAUACAACCAGGAAUGAACACGUCUGCUAUGCAAGGCCCUCCUCCCACGUAUAUGCACAUACCUCGGUACAGUACAAAUCCCAUUACUGUUACAGUAUCACAAAACCUCCCCUCUGGACAGAGCGUACCCAGAGCUCUACAAAUUCUUCCACAGAUUCCAAGCAAUCUUUAUGGGACUCCUGGCUCUAUUUAUAUUAGACAAACAUCUCAAAGUUCUUCAGGACGACAGACUCCUCAGAAUACGCAGUGGCAUUCAUCGCCACAGGGCCCAGUUCCACAUUAUACUCCUCGUCCUCUACCUGUCUAUCCACAUCAACAGAACUACCAACCUUCUCAGUAUUCUCCAAAACAAGCCCAGAUCCCUCAGUCGGCUUUUCGAUCACCACCGGCAUCGCAGUGUCCCUCUCCCUWUGGCUCUCCUCAACACCAAGUUCAGCCUCCUCAGUUGAGUCAUCAGAGUUCACAUGUUUUCAUGCCUCCUAGCCCUUCUACUGUCCCACCCCAUGCGUAUCAGCAGGCAUCCCAGACUUUUCAAAAGCAAGGUGGUCACUCUGUGUCRUACCUUCCUCCUUUUGCUGGACCUAAUUUAUCCAAAGGUUCCAUGAAUAAAAUAGAAAUUACAGUUGAGCCACCGCAAAGACCUGGGACUGCACUGAACAGAAGCCCUUCACCAAUCAGUAAUCAACCAUCUCAACGAAACCAGCACCCGCUGUAUGCACCCACUACUCCUCCUUCAAGCUCUCCAUCCAGAGGUAUGUCUGGACAACCCAAACCUCCAUUUAGUGUUAAUCCAGUAUAUAUUACCUACACUCAACCAACUGGACCUGCAGGUGCACCAACACAGUCUCCUCGGGUAAUGGUAUCUCAGCCAAACCCAACCAUUUUUAAAAUCACAGUAGGUCGAGCACCGACUGAGAAUCUUUUAAAUUUAGUGGACCAAGAAGAGCGUUCUGCAGCACCAGAACCUAUUCAGCCUAUUUCUGUAAUCCCAGGAUCUGGAGGAGAAAAAGGAAGCCAUAAGUAUCAGAGAAGUUCUAGUUCUGGAUCAGACGACUAUGCUUACACUCAAGCCUUGCUGUUACAUCAGCGAGCAAGGAUGGAGAGAUUAGCAAAGGAACUGAAGCUGGAGAAAGAAGAACUCGAACGCCUGAAAACUGAAGUCAAUGGUAUGGAGCAUGAUCUGAUGCAGAGGCGGCUUCGAAGAGUCAGCUGUACAACUGCAAUUCCAACACCUGAAGAAAUGACCAGAUUGAGAAGCCUCAACAGACAACUCCAGAUAAAUGUUGACUGUACACUGAAAGAAGUUGAUCUCCUUCAAUCUAGAGGUAACUUUGAUCCGAAAGCCACAUGUAACUUCUAUGAUAACAUAGAGCCGGGUCCUGUUGUGCCACCAAAGCCAUAUAAAAAAGAGCAUCAAAACAGCUCCAAACAGACUCCACGGACUCAGCCAAGAGAUGAAGACUUUGAAGGGGCCCCAUGGAAUUGUGGUAGCUGCACCUUUCUAAAUCACCCAGCACUGAAUCGCUGUGAACAGUGUGAAAUGCCACGAUACACCUGAAAUGCAGGAAGGGGCUGCAUUGGGUUGUACACAGGCUCUCAAGCCAACAGCUGUAAGAGAAGGAAACAUGGGGAACCUUUCAGUCCAUCUGCCCGGCCUUUGCCAGUCAACAAUCUUCAUAUUGCAAGGGGUGGGAGUAAUGUGUUAGGAUGUUUCUGCUUCUGCUGCACUAGAAGAUAAAUUAAGGGUUAAAUUCCUUCCUAUUGCAGUGAGCAAAGCAGAAAAUGACAAUGUAAAAGGAUUAAUUUUGAGAAGAAUGUAUGCAGGAAAGCAAAUAACUACUGGUGUUUAUUCCUGUGGUUAUAGUUACUGCUUAGUGGCUCUUAAAAAAACCAACCCAAAACUACUGUUUUUUU